AUGUUUGCUACUAACAUAUGGGACUGGCUUCUCGCCAUUCCCGGUCGGGCAACUCAGCAGUUGUGUCGCAGGUGUCAUUGCAUGAAGAUGUGUUCAACUCCACCUGCGGCGCAGGUCCCGAGCCUGAUGAGUGCCUUUGAAGAGUUGGGAAUUUGCCCUGAAAUUAUCCAAGCAGUCGAGGAGGACGACUGGCUGCUUCCCACUCCUGUGCAGCAAGAGGCCAUUCCUCUUAUUCUUGGUGGAGGUGAUGUAUUGGUGGCGGCUGAAACUGGAAGCGGAAAGACCGGUGCUUUCGGUUUGCCUUGCCUCCAGAUCGUCCACGAGACCUUGCGCGGGAAAUGCAGCACCAGGAAGACGGCGGCCUCGAAUCUGAAGUGCGAGCUGAACUUAAACGACAAGGACAUGUUCGUGCUCGUGACAGAAGAUGGUUUGGAGUGCAAGAGUGAAGAUGACAAGCGAUGGAACGGGACGCUUCCUCAGAGCACCGAAAAAAACGUGUGA